AUGCCAGCGAUUUGGCGGCCGAACGUGAGUGGGCCGCUCCCGGAUGUGGACGUCGAGGUGGGGGUGGCGGAGGGCGCGCCGAGCAAGGGGACGAAGCGGAAGAGAGCCCAUAGCACGAAGGGGCCAUGCGAGCACGGGGUGAAGUACCGGUCGCAAUGCAAGGUGUGCAGCGCUUGUCCGCACGGUCGUGAGCGCUCUUACUGCAAGGAGUGCGGUGGGGGCGCAUUCUGCGAGCACGGUCGUCAGCGUUAUCGGUGCAAGGAGUGCGGUGGGUCUCAAAUCUGCGAGCACGGCCGUGAGCGCUCUAAGUGCAAGCAGUGUCGCGCGGCAAAGGCCAAACGGAGUUUAUAG